ACUGCGAAGCAGUUUCAGCGGUGAUCAACGAGAGGACUGUGCCUCUGAUAGCGAAACCCUUUAAGCGAAACAACGAUUUCAUCCUUUAAUUCGGCGUCAUUCAUCGGCACUGCAUUAUCAGCUUUCUUGGAGGUAUUCACUGGCAUACUGUUCACAGAGCGAUAACGAUGUCCCGCGAGUGGACUUACAAGCAAGGACACUAGCUAGCUUUCUGCAUACGACCUCUAAUGACAAGGAGCCAUCAACAUUACCUAAACUUUCGACUGCUGUCCUGUGAUAACGAAGCGUCAACAAAGGCAGGCUGCAUCUGGCAUGGCGCGCCCUCAGACGGACGGCGGGGUGGACGGCAGCGGGCAGGCGGGCCGGCAGAGCUGCCGGAUGGAGGCCCUGCGGCCGGAUGCCCUGCGGCAGGACGCCUGGCCCCGGGGCGGCCUUCACGUCCCGCAGCCGGGCUACCCGCCCUGCCACCCCCGCCGCGACACCGCCACCCAGACCGCCCCCAGUGCGGCGGCCCUCGUCCCCCGCGUGCCGCCCGCCCCCGUGCCCAGCGCGCCCCCCUCAGCGCGUGAAGACAUCCCCGUGAGACAUACUGCAGACGUGGUCUGUCCACAUGCAGGUUCAGAGGGAGAGCUGGGGACCGGCGUGGAGAGGCCGUGCGACGGGCAGCCUCUGCCAGACCUGCUGCCCCAGAGACAGCACCCCCUUGAGGAGAACGAGGAGAACGGCGCUGCCGGUGGCGACCCUGAGCUGGAUGACGAGGUGUCCGGGAGGGUGGCCGACCAGCUGAGGGUUAUCGGGGACGAGAUGAACGCCAUGCUCCUUCAAAGAAGGAAUGCUGCCCAGCAGUUGCAAGACUGGAGGGGACUCUGCUGGGGGCUGUUCACCCUGAUCACGGACACCCUCAGCACUCUUUAUCUACGCAGGCACAGAUAAACAGACUUUUUGGGGGUGGGGAAGAAGGCCUCAGUGCCCCCCCCAGAGGACAGUGUGGACAGUGUUGGACUAGAGCAAAUCCGCUGGACCGGAUGGCCUUUUUGUAGAUUUUGUACAGCGUUUUCUAUUUCUGCAGAGCUUUUUCGUUUUGGUGUAAUGUUUGUGGGGGAAGUGUGUGGCGGUCCAUUCCUGUAUAUGUGUGCGUGUGUGUUUGUGUGAAAGAGAAACGUGAAGCUCUCUUUCCGCGGACCUGGCGCCAGAAUGUGUACGUGUUCCUGAUCCAUGGAAAGCUUGUUGCUGUGAAGCCCCCCUUUGCGGGUCACUGGGCUGCCAACUCGUGGUGACGUACUUCCUGUUUCACAGUUCCACCAGCAUUCCUGUUGGUCGACAGGGGCCCUGCCCUCUCUCCCCCCAUUGGAUGCUCAGCACUCAAGAGGCUUGGUCACCCUCAUUUCCUCUGGUGCCCAGUCGUCUUCACCCUGUUCUGGAGAGGCUCCUGUUCUUAGGAUGGGUCUUUCUGGUUUCAAUCCCAGAAGGCCACGCUCCUGCCGAGCCAGCCUAUCUCCUAUCAGGUGUUUGCUUCACCGUGCGGGGGAAGUGACCUGCUGUGAUAACAGCGUUUCCCACGGCGCCCAGCCAGUCCCGCAUACCAGCGGGGCCUGUUUUAAUACGGGGGACACAUCUAUCUCGGUGGGGGGAGGGGAGGCCAGCUGCCUUCCAACUCAGAUGUGUUUAUAUUUAUAUUUUGUACGGACUUCCUUAAACGUUUGAGAGCAUUUCGGCGUAUGCUGCGCCCCUUCCCCUCUCCGAGGACCAAAUGCCUUGACCAGCGGUGGACAAUCCGCUCCGGGUGCAUGGGGGUCCGAAAUAGCGUGAUGACGUACAUACCUGUACAUACACAUUUCGCAUGGACCGCAGCGCGACCACGCUCAAUCCAGUGGGCCGCUGCUCAUGGUCAUGUUUCUGGGCCAUGCCUCGUAGGUUGUAAAAAAAAAAAAAAAGCAUUACCACAUUCAAAGAUCUGCCAACAGUGUCGAUAGCUGUAGUGAAAUUAUUUGUAUAGUUGGGACAGUAGCAAAGGGAAGGGACCUAAUGAGAAUGGCUUGGUGUUUCUCAGACUCUCAGUGACAGUUAAUUAUUGUUUAAAUACUGCAGCGGGAGUUUGCAGUUUUUCUUUUACAACUUCAAAAAAUGCACUAUGAGUUUUUUUUUAUUAUUGUUGUUCUGGACCAACAGUUGCAAGCACUGUAACACAACACCUGGCUGAUGUAAAUGGGUUUACAGUGGGUUGUUGAAGAUUCUGUAUGUCAGCUCAGAUUUCCUGGUGUAUUUCUCGUUCAAACCAAUGACAGAAUCCCCUGCUUUGACCCGACCAUCCACCCAUAAGGGGUUAAAUGACUUCCUUUAGGAGCUUUUAACAUCAACCACAUCAUUUUAUGAUUUUUCAAUGGUUAUUCACAACAACAACUCCCAAGUCAAAACGACACGAAUUGAAAGCCCAUUUUGAUUUGCAUAAAAUGUAAGAACAAAUGUACGAUAAUUAAGUUAUUAUUUUUUAAUUUCAGUGAAACAGUGAUUUAAAGUAUUUUUUUGAGGUCAGUUACAUGGUUUCCUUUUUAAACUGGGAGUGGUAGGGGUGGGAGAAGGCCACAUUGUCUCAUUUAUAGGAUGCGCUUGGAUUCCACUGGCCUGCCGUCCAAAAGCUUUCACAUCAUAAGACUGAAGGAAGUUGUUACAACAGUGUGUGCGGUAACACUGCCAGAGCCAAUGGGCCUUAAAUGAUUUUAUUUCCUGUGUGGAGAUGUAUUUGGAACAAUCCAGGAAGGCCAGUGGAUAUAGAGUAUCGAGGGAAAUCCAGGGUGCUUGCACUUAGGCGCCACACAAUGAAAUAACUGAGCCACUCUUUUCCCUUCACAUGUACAUGAAUGAGAUCCAGUAAAUGUAGCGUGGGAGAUAUGUAAUAUUUAAUAUCUACUGUCUCCCAGAUUGUGGUAUUAAGUACUGAAGGAACUUAGGCCGCUGUCUUAAGUUGAAAAGUAUAGAUUGAAAACAGCACGUCAAGGUGCAGAUGCGGUCAGAGAAAAUGUUGAAGUUCAAGAACAGAGGGCUUUGGAACUAAUACCGUUUCUCUGUUGGGAAGUUGAAUCCGACAAAAGUAAUCUCUCAAGAGACUGUUUUUUUCCCCCAAGGUUCAUAUCUGUGCUGUUGAAAUAGAGAUAUUGCUUUUUGCAGUGCCUGUCUUGUAGCAGCUACACAAUCAAACUUGAGAUUUAUCAAGGUGCUGGGGGGUAAAACUGGAUCCAGUUCUCUUACCGGAGUUCCUGUGUUGUCGUUGCUAUAUUUCUAAUACAGCCUUGUAGCCACAGAUGUGUUGAACUGUGUUCUGUUAAAGGAGGUUUUUUUUUAAAUAAAUUUGUACCUGUAAAAAA